UCGGUCUAACAUUGAUGACAAUGUUAGAGCGAUAUCGCUAUUAGAUUGUUAAAUAGGACAACAUCGAGCCAAUAUUUGGCUAAUGUCUAGCCAAUGCACUGUGCUACUAGGGGAUCGUCCCGUCGGUAGCACCGCUGGCGGAUGCGGACCGCGCAAGCUCCGCUUCCUCGGGAGGGCUAUUGAUCCACGCCGACGUGACGUUUCGUUUCGUUUCGCUUCGUCUCGGUCGAGGCGACGAGACGGUAGGUAGAGAGUGCGACGGACGUCGGGGCCGUAAAUAAUCGGUGUGUCGUGGCGAGCGGAUUUCCAAACGCGAAUAAAGGCGUGCGGCACCCUCUAGCAUCCAGGGGUAGGACGGCGUGUCCGCGGCGAAGAUGGUCGGCGGAGUGACGGAGGGUGGACCUCUCAUUCGACCUGUCGAGCCCGUCUCGACGGCGACGCUGGUGACGCUAGGCAUCGGUGCCGCGUUCCUGUUAUGCGCCGUUGCGAUGACCUGGUGGCUCUGUCGACGGCGUCGCGAGCACACCAAGUUGAGCUGCGACAAGUCCCUGGCGUUCAGACCGCCGCAUCGGAAGCCGACGGCGGUGAAAAGUCCCGGCAGCACGAGCCACUAUUUAAAGAAGAGCCCGUCGCCGACGGGGCCGGCUAAGAGCCCGCCUGGCUCCGGUGGACAGACUCCCAGCCCCACGGGCUCUCAGUCCUCGAACCCGGCGUCUCAGCCCAGGACACCGCAAGGCGCAGGUACACCGGUACAGACGCCAGUCGAGGUCGCCGUGAGCAUAGAGAACGAGCGCGACAAGGCCGAGCUAGAGAAUAACGAGAAGGUCGAGCGUGAAAAGAGCCAAGCGGCUGAGAACGACAAGGACAAUCUGGGCCAGUUGGUCUUUAAGCUGCGAUAUCGGAGCGAGCAGAAUGCGCUCGCGGUCACCGUGGUGAAAUGCAAAGGGUUGCCAGCCAGGGGUCAGCAGAACGCCACUAGCGAUCCUUACGUCAAGCUGCAGCUCUUACCUGACAAGCAACACCAUGUGAAAACCAGAGUCCUUAGAAACACCAGGGACCCGGUGUACGACGAAGAUUUCACGUUCUUCGGAAUAUCGCAGAGUCAGCUUCAGAAAAUCAGCUUGCACUUCAUCGUGCUGAGUUUUGACCGAUACUCGCGUGACGAUAUCAUCGGAGAAUUGACAUGCGCAUUGUCAUCAGUGCCCGGUCUAGAGGACGCGGACAAUCAGGAGAUAUCUCUCUGUCGAAAAAUAUACCCCAGGAGCUUAAAGAUACAAUCACAGGGGCGAGGAGAAUUGCUGGUCUCUCUUUGUUGGCAACCUGUUACCAGCCGACUGACGGUGGUGGUGUUAAAAGCACGAAACUUACCAAAGAUGGAUGUGACUGGGCUCGCUGACCCGUAUGUGAAAAUCUAUCUUCUGUACAACCAGCAGCGUAUCGCUAAGAAGAAGACGCACGUAAAGAAACGUACGCUCAGCCCGGUAUUUAACGAGUCCUUCGUCUUCGAAAUACCAAACGGCGCGGAUGGACUCAACAACGUCAGUCUUGAGUUUAUGUUACUGGAUUGGGAUAGAGUCACGAAAAACGAGGUAAUCGGCCGGCUAGAGUUUGGUGGACCAAAAUGUCAAGGCUCCGCUGUUAACCAUUGGAAAGAGGUAUGCAGCUCACCGCGACGACAGAUCGCCGAUUGGCACAAACUACGGGAGUAACCGGCCUUCGGCCCCACGUAUCAGCCCGAGUUCCCGUCUCCGAUUUCUCUGGAUUCCCAUAUUCUCCUCUACUGUAAAACCGAUUCGAUCCUUGAAGCCCUAUGAGGUAGGGCGUCUGUUUUGUAAACCUAAUAGUCGAUGUAUAUUAGGCUUGAAACGAACGGUUCCACCUGUGAUCGCUGUCAUCGCAAAAGACGUUCUUGAGUUUCAAACAUUCGCGAAUCCCCGUAUUUAUCAUUCGUACAAGUAUAGUGGAAACGCGGUAUUUUUUUAUCUCUACACAAGUGCAAUUUCAACCAUGUUGCUCUGUCCGGGCCUAUCAGAUCAAUUUUCUAUUAUUUAUAACAUUCUUGUCCUAUCGGUAGAAAUGGAUAAUUGUUUGUCAAUGGAUCAUUAUGCUGCGCGAUGACGUGCGAUCACGGGACAGCUUGCAGGAUGCUUUACGAGAUAGAAACGUAGACAUUAAGUUUCCCGAUCAGUUAAUAACGAGACAAAGAGAUGUCGGUGUGUGCUAAGCGACCUACCAAUUACUAGAUACUACAUCAUAUAGAUGAAAAUGAAGCAAAUCUGAACGCACUGGUGCGUUGGAGGCAACCUCACACAAAGUGACAAAGUAUAUUAUAUCGGCUCGCUAAACAGUUCAACGACCAGUCAUUCUUUUUUAAGCUAAUCACUACUUUCAUUCAAUCGCUGCUUAGCAAUUCCACGACUGUUGUUUCCGCUCGGCGCAACUUGUGCACAUUGAUUUUUACGUACUAACCGAAUAUUCACUAGUUUUGUUCAGUGCAACGGGAGAUGGAGGAAGAAAAAUAUCGUUUGCUCCAUUUUAUCUAUAUGACUCGCCAUAUUCGUCAUAUUCGCUCGGUCGCGCAGGAUACGUGCAUCAAAGGUGUACGUUUUUACGCAAUGACGUAAUUUUAAACUCUCGACACUUGGACGAGAGCAGUAGCAGAAAUCUUUUUUCUUUCAAAACUAGAAAAAAAUUAAGAUAAAUCUUUAACUUUUAUUAUACAUAUACAGAUCUAUACAGAUGUAGUCUGUGUAAAAGUUGACAGACGGAAAUAUACAUAUGCAUUUGUAUUUAAAUCUUGGUUUUUUAAAUCGCUAAUACCAUUUUUAGCUUUUAAUUGCUCGCCCGCGUCUGAUACCAUUAUAAUUUCGCAAGAAAACGUCUCAAUUACAAUAAACCGACGAGUCUGUCUCAAUGCGAACUAUGAGCGAGUAUGCAAUAUGCAUCGUUAUUGCAAAGAGAUUUGGCCAAGGUUCAAUGCUCGUAUCUUCAUCGAAUAUGUCAAGCACUAAAUACGGCUAUCCGACGAUAGAUUUCCUUUCACAUCGUGUGUAAUAUACUGUCGCAGUAGGACCUACGGUAGUGCAUUUCGAGUUUCGUUCAUCUUUCGUCUUUCUAGUCUCAAUGAAGCAAAGAUAAACGAGUGACUGUGCGCAACAAGACUUGGAAAAUUAUGGAAUCGAGUGAAUCCGAAAUUGCGAUGUGUCGGCGAAUGUACCGAAAACAACCUUUUAAAUCGUUUCAUUCGCGAUCGCCUUUCUAUUCUUGCGAUUAAGCGCUAAUAAACGAAGAACUGUAUUGUUGCUUUUAAGAGUAGCUGGACUACGAAUAGUCUCGGUCCGCAUCGCGAUUGUACAUAUGUAACUGACGAAAACAAAAAAAAACGCCAACUGGUGAAUUUAUUUGACCUUGCGUAAUCAGUGAGGGAAAAUCUUAUGUAUGUUGUAUGUAUCUGUUACGAAAGCAAUGAGAUUGAUGUUUUUUUUAACGUAGCAUCACAAUACCGAGCAUCAAAAGCGCAGUCCAAUUUGAAUUUUUUCCUUUUAAUUGGAAUGUUGCAAAUAUGGAAACUACCUAUUCUUAGCAGUUUUCUCUCUCUCUCUCUCUCUCUCUCUCUCUCUCUCUCUCUCUCUCUCUCUCUCUCUCUUCGAUCAUUCUCAUUUCACGUGUGAAAAAUGAGAGUAUCGUUUUGAUCACGUGUACCAAUUUUCGUCGCUAAUUGGCGAAUCAAGAUGUUGAUUAAAAGUAUGGGUAUUUGGUAAGAUUGGCAUAAUUGAUAUUCGGUAUUGGCACAUGGUGCUUUAAAGGAUUAAUCUCAUCGCUGUUACGACCUCUUGUACGUAUCAAAAGUAGAACGGUUGGAUACACACUUUCUGCUUCUCUCAAUUUGACAGAGUUUAUGUUUGCACACUGUAACGUUAAAAAUGAUUUCCCAUUCUACCGUCAGCAUAUUAUAGAUUAUGCUAAAUCUUUUGCUAGUCCUAAGACUUUGGAUAAGACCGAUUUAGACGUCCAACUUGUAAACGUAAAAAGAUAGAUUCAGUAUCAUAUGCGCAGACACGCACGUAUAUGAGUCUACCUCUUUACGUUUGUAAUCCAAAUAUAGAUGCUCGUAAAUCCCAAGACAGUGUGACAUUCGUUUGCAAACGUGAAAGUCAAUAAUCAGCAACGCAUAAUUAACGAAUGCUUAUUUUCUUACUGCAAUUCAUCACAUUCCACAGUGCGAAAUUUGCCCAAUCUGAAACGUUUCGUGUUUAAUUGAAUGUAAAUAUAGACAUAACACAUGUUCUAUGUAAUUGUUAAUGUAAUUGUUUUAUUAUUAUUAGAUUAUCGUUAUUGUAUAGUUCUGAUUUUUGGCUUCUUUUUAUAAAUACAAGCUAUAAAAACUCAACACAUUCUUUUUCUCUCGUGACACCUAUAUGUACGAAUAUGUACGAAUAGGCAGUCUCAACUCUGCAGUUUAUUUCUUUCUUUCACGAUCAUCAAUGCUCACGCGUGCAAAAAUUUAGACUAAUUGCAAAACGGAAUCAAGAAUUUUCUUUUCAACAUUUCGAAACCGAAUGAAUUGACGAAUGUCAAGUUUAAAAUAAAAUUUUAAUUUCAAAUAAUCCUAUUAACAUAUAUUCUAAAUCUCACUAGAAUAAUUAACUUUAAUUAUGAACAAUUCCGUUUAAAGUAAUAAAAUUUAUCUAUUGAAGAAAACAUUUACGUUUUCUAUCUGCAAAUUUUCCCGUGUAAAUACGUUUUAGAUAUUGAAUUAUAAAUUGCGAAGCAAUAUUGGAACAACAAAGAGAGAAAGAGGAAGUGUGUGUGUGUGUGUGUGUGUGUGUGUGUGUGUGUAUUGCGUGCAUGGUGCGCGCCUGUGUGUGUACAUGUGUACAAAAUCUUUCUAUAUUAUACAAUUAGCAUAUUUUUAUCCUGAGAGUUCGGACAAAUUUCACACUGUGCACCCUAGCUAUGUUCCAUCGUACUUCCUUUGUAAUAAUUAAGACUGUGACGCGGAAAGAAGAAGCGCGAAUAUCGGGCUGCAAUCGCGUCGCGAGAGAUAGAAGAAGCGAGGGAAGGCGAGUCAACGACAGAAACGUCUCCAGACAUCGCGAUCGAAAGUAUACAAUGACGAGAAAGUCGCAAUAUAUCACAUGAUGAGACUCAAGAGAUACACCGAAUAAGUUUUAUGUACAUUUUAACAUAGCGAACACGACGUAACGUUGUCCUACACAUGAUUUCACACUAAGAAAUCACAUGUAUUACAGAGAAUUUCAGGAUAUUUAUUUAAUUGCUAUACAAUUAUUAAAAAAUACAACAUAUAUAUAUACAUAUUAUUUAUAUAUAUUAUAUACAUAUAUAUACUACACACUUGAGAAACAAAUAUAAUAAGUAGUAUGUAGCGAUACAUAACGUAUAUCCGUUUGUCAUUUUUUGGACCGUGAAGACGAUCGAGUACCGAAUGAUUUCUUAUGCAAAGUCAUUCUGUGAGGACGAGAGAAUACCGAUACAUCAGACUAAUAUCCCAGAAUCAAGGAUGAAAGGGUGUAUUUAUAGUCAUUAUUUGAAUCUCAUCUCAAGAGCGUAUCAGAUGAGACAGCGAGUUUUCAGAAUGGAGUUUUAUAUUUUAAGACGCGGGCGGUUCAAUUAAUUUCUAAUCAAUAGUUUGAUUAGAGACCAAUUGAAAUUGUGCUUAGCUAAGAAGUGGCACGAUUGUUCAUGAAAAAUCUGACUUGGGAUACCAAAUAUUAUUUAAAGUAGCGUUCCUUUAAAAAAAUAAUCUUUUAAACAAGUUUUACAAAAUCAAAUCAUGUGGAAAGUUUUUCUUUUUCUACGUUAAUAUGUUAACUCGGCUCGUUUCUGUCAUUGGCGUGUUUCAUGGACAUGUCACAAUUUCGAUUUUUAAAACAGGCUACUUUCAAGUCACUGCUUUAAUUAUUAUUUCGUAUUUCAAGUGAAAUUUCACAUGAACAAUCAUUCCGCUUCUCAACUGAGAUUUUAAGGCUGUGUGGUCAAUAAAACAUUAAAAUAAGCAUCUCAA